AUGUAUGUAUAUAUGUAUGUAUAUAUGCAUGUGUGUGUAUGUGUGCAUGCAUGUAUGCAUUUAUGUAUGUAUGUAUGUAUGUAUGUAUGUAUGUGUGUAUGUAUGUAUGUAUGCAUUGAUUGUAUGUAUGUAUGUAUGUAUGUAUGUAUGUAUGUAUGUAUGUAUGUAUGUAUGUAUGUACGUAUGUAUGUAUGUAUGUUUGUAUGA